UUGUCCAAUUGCCCACCGGCUAAUUUUGAACGAUAUAAAAGAAGGAACCAACUCCUAACUCUUCACUUGUUCACUACAACGUCUGUCCAGUACAAGCAUUAUCCCACAACAUGAAAUUCUUGAUCAUCAGCUUCUUCUUGGCUUGCGCCUCCGCCCAAUACGUUAGCCCAGGGUCGUCUCUAUACCAUUCUCAAUUUCUGAGUGACUUGUACUCGAAGAGCGUUGAUUUGAACCAGGACGGCCAACCUGAUGUCCCAGUCUACCCCACAGCUCCCGCUCUGUUGCCCAACUACUACCCCUACGCCGGUUUGAACUACCGCACUGGAUUCCCCUACUCUUACGGCGCUCCGUUCACUUACCCAUUUGCCCAGGCUCCGUUCACCUACCCAUUCGCCCAGGCUGCGACCGCCGUCGUCGCCAACGCCGCUCCCGCCAAGACCACCCGCGCUAAACGCCAAGUUGCCGUCCACAAACCCUCCGAGUUCCUCAACGAUUUCGCUUACAGUAGCGUUGACUUGAACCAGGACGGCCAGCCCGAUAACGCCGUUUACCCUGCCCCAUUUCCUACCUACACUACCCCAGUUGCUCCCUUCACUGGUUCCCGAUUCGUCACUCCUUACACCGCUCCUUUCACCGGAUACCCUGGAUACUUUGGUCAAGCUUACCCUUUUGCCAACGGAUUUUUGGGUUAAAUUGAUCUGAAUCUCGCGAUCCUCACAUUAAAAUGUUGAAAUUGUUGCAUAUUCUCUUUCGAAAUUCUUUUGUCAAAUAAAAAAUUCACGUUGUA